AUGCGAGCACCUGAAGGACUGCAAUCUGUUGGAGGUCGACAAGGAUUGAAAGGCUCACAACUUUUGGAGGUCUCAGAGUUUGGCACUGGCGACUUCCGCACACCUAGCAUGGACGUUUGCUUCCGCAAGGACGGAUCUCGCCUUCUACCCCUAGUGUACAAACACCACAGGGUCAUCGAUGGCAUUUUGCCCUCGACUUCUGGACUGCCAUUCUUGGGCAGACACAACUCUCAGGGAGCACAAAGCUUGGUGGUCGACAUGGUGGACACAUACACUGAAGUGCAGGUCCAGCUGGUCUACACGGUUUUUCCAUCAAUUUCAGCUGUGAGCCGGCGGAUGGUGGUGAAGAACAGUUCCAAAGUUGGAUUGGGCGGUGUUGAUCUGAUGAAGUGCAUGUCGGCCACUUUUGAUUUCAGCACAGAUGAUUGGCACUUGCUCUCCUUGCAUGGCGGCUGGGCAAAUGAACGGCACAUCAACACUCGGAGGAUACAAGAGGGCAUGAUCCAUUUGGGCAGCAAUCGUGGAGUCUCAUCACACCAGAUGAAUCCUUUUUGCGUGCUGUCAUCAGGUCCUCCAGCCGAAGACCACGGGCAGUGCUUUGGUUUUUGUUUGCUUUACUCGGGCAACUGGCUCAUGGAGGUCGAGCAGAGCCAAACCGGAUGUGUGCGGGUCAAUGUUGGACUCAGCAACACCCAUUUCAGCUGGGCCUUGGGCAAUCAAGAGAGCUUCGAGACGCCAGAGUGUGUUUGCGUGUUCUCAGAUGCAGGCCUUGGGAAGAUGACCCGCACUUUCCAGCACCUCAUUGGGGAGAGGCUGAUCGCUCCGCGCUGGCACGAUCUCGUUUGCCCAGUGCUCAUCAACACGUGGGAGGCGCUCUACUUCGAGGUUUACCACGACAAAAUCCUGGAAUUCGCCAAACCUGCAAUUGAGGCCGGGGUUGAACUACUAGUUCUGGACGAUGGCUGGUUUGGCAAGCGCGAUGAUGAUACAACAUCUUUGGGUGAUUGGGUAGAAGACCCUCGGAAGCUUCCACGAGGCUUGAAGGGCUUAGCACAGGAUGUCAAUGCCAUGGGACUGAAGCUUGGAAUUUGGGUUGAGCCUGAGAUGGUAAACCAGGACAGCCAACUGUACAGGUCGCAUCCCGAAUGGGUCCUUCAUCAUCCUGGAAGACUGCGAUCCGAGGGCAGGAAUCAGCUGGUUCUAGAUCUAACACGUCGAGAAGUGCAGGACUACAUCAUUGAUUGUGUUAGUCAAAUCCUAAGCUCUGCCAACAUCGAAUACAUUAAGUGGGACAUGAACCGCGCUUUGACAGAUGCAUUUUCUGCAGCUUUGCCGCCGCAGCAACAGGGCGAGGUCUAUCAUCGAUACGUUUUAGGACUCUACCGGAUUUUCGAGGUUCUGACCUCAAGCUUUCCCCAUGUACUCUUCGAGAGUUGCGCGUCUGGAGGUGGUCGUUUUGAUGCAGCCCUACUGGCCUGGUGUCCCCAGGCCUGGUGCUCUGACAAUUCUGACGCCUUCUCACGAACACGCAUCCAGAUGGGCACUUCCAUGUGGGCCCCAGUGCGGUGUAUGGGCGCUCACAUCGCGGCGUGUCCCAGCCAUCAAACUCACAGGACGCAUAUGUUGAAGACCCGCUUCAUUGUUGCCCUUUGGGGCACCUUUGGCUUGGAGCUGGACCUCAACAAGCUCUCGAGAGAGGAGCUGAAAGAGAUGAAGGAGCUGGUAGCCUUGCGAGGAAAGCUUUGCCAGGUUGUACUGCAUGGAGAAUAUUUCCGUCUUCCAGGCUUCGGAUAUCCUGGAGCCUCUCAUUCGAACUCAGCUGGUAUUGGUGACUCCCACGUGUAUGCCUGGAUGUUUGUCACGCCAGAGAAGGAUAGAGCUGUGGUCAGCGCCAUUGUCUUUCACAGAGACACAGUGGGGAAGUUUCCCUCGCGGUUGAAGCUACAAGGCUUGAGGCCGGACUAUUUGUACUCGCUCAUCGAGCAUGUGCCAACCACUGUCGAAGAAGGCGUCUUCAACGGCAUUUUUCAGCCAGGUGGCCCUCAAUUCAAGCACCGGAGGCGGUUGAUGCUCACGGGAGCUGUUCUGAUGGAAGUGGGCAUCCCUGUGCACUUUAACUUCGAUGGAGACGCCAUGCUUUUAGAGUUGGAGGUGGGAGGCCCUUCACAAGAACCAAAAGAGUCCAACGGAGUGCACGUCCUUGCGAGCUAA